ACAAACGCUAUUUCCCGUCGAUAUAUCGGCCAUUUCGCCGGGACCAAAAAGUUCUCUACCGAUUUUAGGAUUUUCUCUCUCUAAAAAUUCCUUUCCCCUCCACCUUACUUUCUCUAUCCUGUUUCCUUCUCCAUCCGGCAAAAUAAAGUGAAAACCCAAUAAAAUCUAUUAAAAAUAAAAAUGGGUUAUAGCGUAAGCGACUAAGCGCUUAGCUCCAUCUCUCUCUGAAAUAGAAAAAAUAAAAGCAGAAAAAAAAAACCCUAGAUUUUGGGGGACCUAGGGUUAUUUGCGUCAUUUCACGCUAUGAAUCGGCGAUAACUGAAUCUAUUAAUAUCAUCGGCAAAUAAGAAGAGAGGAGGAGAAGAGAUAAAGAGAAGAUGUACAGAGGAGAGAGAGCGGCCGCUGGGUCUAAGGGAGUGGUGGGGUCUGUGGAUCGGAAGCGGAUCAACGAGGCGCUUGAUAAGCAACUGGAACGAUCGUCGCCGUCCACUUCGAGAGCGACCAACGGCAAGGAUAAGUCUGCACACUCCCUUCUCAUAGGAAAGCAUCCACCUGAUCAUCAUCGCGACUCUCGCCCCGGUUCUCUACCCAAAGCCAACGCCUCCGAAGAUGAAUCUGAAACAGACAGUGAAGAAUCAGAUGUUAGUGGUUCUGAUGGGGAUGACACGUCUUGGAUCUCAUGGUUUUGCAACUUACGUGGCAAUGAAUUCUUUUGUGAAGUUGAUGAUGACUACAUUCAAGAUGAUUUUAACCUUUGUGGGCUAAGCAGCCAAGUUCCUUAUUAUGAUUAUGCACUUGAUUUGAUUUUGGAUGUUGAAUCUUCCCACGGAGAUAUGUUUACAGAGGAGCAAAAUGAACUAAUUGAAUCUGCGGCAGAGAUGCUUUAUGGUCUGAUUCAUGCCCGAUACAUAUUGACGAGCAAAGGAAUGGCUGCUAUGCUAGACAAGUACAAGAACUAUGAUUUUGGAAGAUGCCCAAGAGUUUACUGUUGUGGACAACCUUGUCUUCCAGUUGGCCAAUCAGAUGUCCCUCGGUCAAGCACUGUAAAAAUAUACUGCCCUAGAUGUGAAGAUAUCUACUACCCUCGGUUCAAGUAUCAAGACAUUGACGGAGCCUAUUUUGGGACUACAUUUCCAAACCUGUUCCUGAUGACAUACGGGCACCUGAAGCCACAAAAGGCAUCUCAAAGCUAUGUUCCAAGAGUAUUUGGGUUCAAGGUUCACAAGCCAUAAUACUGGAAUUAAAGCUCCCGUUUGGGCAAUGGUUCUCAUGAGUUUGUAUUGCCUAGCUUCUUCUAUUUUGGAAGUAAUGCUAUUGAAAGAUCAGGUAUAGUUCGGUAGUCUUUCAAGUAAUUUAGGCCCCCUUUAUAUGUUCUAAAAGAAUUACCAUAAAGCAUAUUUGCAACCAGCAAGUAUUAAUUUUCAAUUUUAGUUGCCUUUCCUGUGGGUUUCUUCAUCUGAAUUCUUUCUUGGUAGAUUUACUAUAUUAAAUUGCCUUUUAGCUAUACCCUCCAUUGUACCUUUAUUGAUUAUUUGAUCAGUGUUUGCUCUGUAUUACCAUGUACUCACGGUAUAUUAUAAUCUGUUAUAUCACUUUUUAGCAUUCACUUAGUUGAUCGGUUGUCCCAUAUAUAUUCUCACUGAAUGUUUCGUUUUGUAUCAACUUGCUCUCCUUUCUGGUUCUUACAUUUCUAUAACAUCAAAGAUUCUUGCCCGUAUAUUACUUAUGAUUUUCCUCUACCAUCUUCUGUUUUACUUAGCUAUUGAGAAAAAGUUAUGGAGACUGAAAAAUGAAACCAAUGUAUGGUGAUGUUCUUAUCUCUUCUCCCCUUUUCCUUCUGACUACGUGCAAGUGAGAGAAAGAGGACACAA